CUGUCUCUCCGUGUUCAUCUCGCGUGCAUAGCAGUCAGAAAAACACAGCGAAUAAGAGAAGUGAAUCAGAGAGAGAGAGAGAGAGACUAGAGAGAGAAACUAGAAAAAACCCCUUUUGACUAUUGCGCCUUCGUUUCCAUUUUUCCGUUGAUUCUUGCAACCAAAGCCUUAUUUUCUGAUCUGGGCGGUGGUUCUCUUUGUGAUCAACCACAAAACUCAGAUCUUUUUCUGUUCCCCGAUUCGGAUUCGAGCACCCAGUUGCGUUUCUCUUUCUGGGUGUUCAUUUUUUCGACCAAAGUUUCGGUUUUGCAGAGUGGGAAAGUAUAUAUAUAUAUAUAAAAAAAGGGGAUUGGUUUUAUCUGGGUUUCACACAGAUUGGCCAAUCAUGUUGACUUUAACAGUGUGGUUAUGAAGUAAUAUGGAAGUGCUCCUUACACCCAUAACUCAAGAACAACAACAAGAACAACAACAAGAACAUGUCGUUUUACAUUGGUCGCGAGGCUUCAAAGCUAUGGAAGAGAAUUUGUGCAGAGACAACCACAGAGCUCAACCUCCUUGCAGAUAAUUGGAAGUACCUUCUCGCUGGUCUCGUUUUUCAGUAUAUACAUGGUUUGGCUGCCCGAGGCGUUCAUUAUUUACAUAGGCCUGGCCCUAUUCUACAAGAUGUUGGAUUCUUCUUUCUUCCGGAGCUGGGGCGAGACAAAGCUUACAUCAGUGAAACUCUAUUCACCAUUAUCUUUAUAUCCUUUGUCUUGUGGACGUUUCAUCCUUUCAUAUUGAAGGGCAGAAAGAUAUAUACAGUUCUAAUAUGGUGCAGAGUUCUAGCAUUCUUAGUUGCUUCUCAAGUUCUGCGCAUAAUCACAUUUUAUUCUACACAGCUUCCUGGUCCAAACUACCAUUGCCGUGAGGGUUCUAAACUUGCCACAUUGCCUCGUCCAGAUAGUGCCUUUGAAGUCCUCUUUAUUAAUUUUCCACGAGGUAUUGUAUAUGGAUGUGGUGAUUUGAUAUUUUCAUCACACAUGAUCUUUACUCUUGUUUUUGUGCGUACAUAUCAGAAAUAUGGCGCUAGAAGGAUUAUAAAGCAGCUAGGGUGGUUGCUUGCUGUGAUUCAGAGUCUUUUGAUAGUAGCAUCUCGCAAACAUUACACGGUUGACAUAGUUGUUGCCUGGUACACUGUUAAUUUGCUGGUAUAUUUUAUUGACAAGAAAUUGCCAGAAUUGCCCGAUAGGUCAAUUGCAGCUGCAAGCCUGUUACCAUUGAGCACCAAAGACAAAGAGGGCUGGACCAAAGAGGAGAACCACAAGCUAAUGAAUGGGAAUUCUGGAGAUCCUGCAGAUUGGAGGCAGAGAACUCUAGUGAAUGGCAAGAUUAUGGAAGAUGGCAAUACACUUCAUGCUGACUCUGCCAUGAAUGGUGCAUAGAAAUAGGAGCCUCCACUGUACAAAUUGGAUCCACUGCAAGACUCAUGUGGAAAAGCUGCGACCCUUCAAUUAGAAGAUUUUGUUGCCUGAACGUUCACUUGUUAAUUCUCAGAUUAGUAUCAUGAUUUGUAUUAGUGAAAUUGAAACUGGGUUGUACUUUUCAACAUUUUGCAGCCCUGAUCCGUUGCAUGGUUAAAUUAACUAGCAUCAGCAUGUGCCAUAGAAAAUUUUCCAUUCCCUCCUAUCUACUACAUCAUAGAUACCAUGUGCAUAUUUCUGCAAAGUCCAUUUUUAUUGGUUUAUUUUAUUCUCCUUUGCACUCACAUGGCAACCUAGUGAUCAGUGCUAUGUAAGGAUUCUAAUGUU